ACGGGACUCCUCAGACAGCGGGCGCUACGGAGGCCGGGCGGCCAGGUGAGGUCUUUGGAAGAGGAUUUCUAAACUCUUCAUCAAGAUCUUCAUUUACACAGCUGUUAAGUCCCCAGGACUGGGGUGAAAACAUGAACAAACUUCUGUCUGCUGCAGAACCAUCGAGCCUACUUGAAAAGAAUCCUGCCUUUCAGAUAAUAACAAUUACCAAGGAAACAGGCCUGGGUCUGAAAAUCCUAGGAGGAAUUAACAGGAAUGAAGGCCCAUUGGUAUAUAUCCAAGAAGUCAUUCCUGGAGGAGAUUGUCACAAGGAUGGACGUUUGAAACCAGGAGAUCAACUGGUCUCAGUAAACAAGGAGUCCAUGAUUGGUGUAUCAUUUGAAGAAGCAAAACACAUAAUUACCAGAGCCAAGUUGAGGUCAGAGUCCUCUUGGGAGAUAGCAUUCAUAAGACAGAAAUCUGAUGAUGGUCAUCCAGAAAACAUCUUGUGUCCAUCCCUGUUACAAGGAGAAAGUGGACCUCCAGCCUCAACAUUUAAUCUUUUUUCUCCUCCUUGUGAAAUACUCGUUCCAAAGAUCUCAUCCACUCCCAAGACUGAAGAUGCUCCCUUACCUUCUUUUAACAUGAAUCAGAUGAAACCUGGAUACAAGAAAACAGAAUAUACUACAAUUACUUCAUUAGACAGCAGCUCAGGGGAUAGGUCUAAUUCAGAUAUUGUUCCUGCCUGUGCUGAAAAUGAUGGACCACAAGGAAAGAUUUCCCUAAAUCCCUCUCUUCGCUUUAAGACAGAGAAACUGGAAAUGGCUUUAAAUUAUCUUGGAAUUCAACCCACAGAGAAACAACAACAAGCCUUAAGACAAAGAAUACCAGGAGACUCAAAUGGAACAGUGUCUUUUGGAGAUUUUGUCCAGGUUGCCAGAGAUUUGUUUUGCUUGCAGUUGGAUGAAGUAAAUGUUGGUACACAUGAAAUUUCUAACCUCAUAGACUCACAGCUUCUUCCCUGUGAUCCUUUAGAAGCAGAUGAAAUGGAAAGCCUUAAGCAGGAAAGAAAUGCUGCCUUAAAAGAAGUAACUAUGCUUAAGGAAAAAUUAUUUGAAUCAGAGACACAUAGGAAACAACUGGCACAAGAGCUCCAGAAUGUGAAGCAGGAAGCCAAAGCUGUGGUUGAAGAAACAAGAGCUUUGCGAAGUCGAAUUCAUCUUGCUGAAGCUGCACAGAGACAGGCACAUGGAAUGGAAAUGGACUAUGAAGAAGUGAUCCGUCUGCUGGAGGCUGAGAUUACAGAGCUGAAGGCUCAGCUUGCUGAUUAUUCUGACCAAAAUAAAGAAAGUGUUCAAGAUUUAAGAAAGAGAAUCACAGUACUUGACUGCCAGUUGCGAAAAUCAGAAAUGGCUCGAAAAGCUUUUGAGGCAUCCACUGAAAAGCUUCUUCAUUUUGUAGAGACCAUUCAAGAAGUAUUAUCUGAUAAUUCUGCUCCUUUAUCAAGUAUAAGUGAAAGAAGAGCCAUGUUUGCCUCUCAGUCCUCCCUCUCCCCUCUGGGAAGGAACGGACGCCACAUCCCAGCAACCCUGGCUCUGGAGUCUAAGGAGCUUGUGAAAUCUGUUCGUGCCAUCCUUGAUGUGGAUUAUUUACCUUAUGGGUGGGAGGAAGCUUACACAGCAGAUGGAAUCAAGUACUUCAUCAAUCAUGUCACACAGACCACCUCUUGGAUCCAUCCUGUGAUGAAUGUCCUGAAUCUGUCUUGCUCAGAGGAGAAUGAAGAGGAUUUCUCUAGAGAACUUCCCAACCAGAAAAGUUGAUGAUUUUCUAUAGGAAGUGGAGCUACAUGGUCUUCUUUGUCUACAUGCACAACCUGAGUAGAGACGUGGGAUGCCCAACUCUGCAACAGAAUGUGUGAAAUGGGAGUAAAGCAUGCACUGCUUGUUAGAUUGUCGAAUAGCAUCUAAUUCUGGAUUUAGGGAGUUUCAUGAAGCUUUGUGAUAUUACUAUAUACAUUUAAAAGAUCAGUUACCACUACAGUAAUUGUUUUCUUUUAUGAAAGCACAUAUAAUUAAUUUUUGUACUGCAUAUAUCUUUUUUCAUGUAUAAUUAUGUGCACCUUGAUAAUUUUUAUGUAGCUCAUUAUUUUAUACGUGGUUCAUUUUAUAUGUCAUUUACCAGAAUUUGGUACCAGAUAACAAUCAUUUUUGUAGUUCAGAUUUAUACUGAAAAAUUAUAUGAACAUAG